AUGUCGGCAGGCAAGCAGCCCGGCACCCAGAUCAAGCUCACCAACGUCAGCAUCGUCCGCCUCAAAAAGGCCGGCAAGCGCUUCGAGAUCGCCUGCUACAAGAACACGGUCCGCGGCUGGCGCUCGGGCGCACAAACCGACCUGUCCGAGGUGAUUCAGAUCGACAACGUCUUCACCAACGUGACCAAGGGCGCCGUCGCGCCGUCCGGCGACCUCCAGAAAGCGUUUGGCACGACCGACGUCCAGGAGGUCAUGAUGCAGAUCCUGAAAAAGGGCGAGCUGCAGGUCGGCGAGAAGGAGCGCGCCGUCGAGCUCGAGGACCUGCGGCGCGAGAUCUGCACCGAGGUGGCGCAGCGGUGCGUCGACCCGGGCACCAAGCGGCCGCACACGGUCGGCAUGAUCGAGAAGGCGAUGAACGAGGUUGGGUACAACGUCCAGGGCAACAAGGCCGCCAAGGCUCAGGCCCUCGACUUGAUCAAGGUGUUGCAGGCCAAGGGCACGCUCCCGAUCGCGCGCGCCCAGAUGCGCGUCCGGAUAACGAUGGCGAGCAAGGAGGGCAAGCGCCUCAAGGACAAGGUCCUGCCCCUCAUUGGCACCGUCGAGGACGACGAGUGGACCGACGAGUGGGAGCUGGUUGCGCUCAUCGACCCGGGCGCGUUCCGCCUCAUCGACGAGCUGCUGCAGAAGGAGGUCAAGGGCCCGAAGAAGAUCGAGACCAUGUCGUUCGUCGCAGGGGUCGAAGACGACGGGCGCAUCGAGUGA